CUUGGAGUUCGGUAUUUUUGUUAAUUUACUUUUUUUCGUGAGAACAAAAACUUUAAUUUUCAUUUAAACCAAAAUGAAAGACGCAUCGAUUUCCACAUCCAUUGCCCAAUCAUGCCGGAACACUAAACAGUGGAGCAUUUUUUUAAGUCAAUGUAAUGUCAUUGUUUGUUUACUCCUGCCUGUUUUGUUUUCUGUGCUUAGUUUAUGUUUAAACUUUUAUAAAAAUAAUAAUACUUUAUCACAGUAAAUUUAGUGUGAAUAAUUUCGUUUCGUUUAAGUUGUAACGUAAAUCUUUAGUAUCAAUAAACCGUCCAUGUGGCACCUUUGGACACCAUUUGUAAUUUAGGGUGGUAGAGUUAAAAGCUUUGCAGAGCAAGUGCAUUUUUAGCUGCUUAACCACGUCAUUUUAUGUACCAAACAAUUUGCAUUUAUUUCAGUUUCAUACAUUAAUUCUGAAAACAUGAGUGACAUUGAUCCAAAUAAUUUAAGAGUUGCAGAACUGAGAGUUGAAUUGAAAGCAAGAGGACUCGUCACAAAAGGAACAAAAAUAGUUCUUGCUAGACGACUUACCAAAGCAUUGAAAGAAGGAAAAGGCGAAUCAGUGAGUUGUGAUGCCAUAUUAUAUGAAUUAUCACAAGAACAAGAUACAAGUCACCAGAGAUUUGCCGAAACUUCUAAGGACGUAUCAGCAACUAAAGUAACAGAAGGAAAGUCUGAAGAAAAGUCAGAAGACACUAGAAUGGAAGAAUCUGAAGCAGAGCUUGCAACUGCAAAGAAAACAAAAGAACCAGAAGAACCAGAAUUAAAAGGAAAAGGUAAACAGAAUGUUGAAGCUACAAAUAUUGAAGAAGAUGUUAAUGUACCAGAAUUGCAAACAGAAGAAAAAUCUCAAUCUCGAAAUUUCUAG